CCCACGUCUUCCGGCCUGGCUCGCGGUGGGAAUCAUGGCGGGCGGCUAACGGUGUCGUUUUAUGGACAUUCAGAGUUGAAGCAGGAUUUUCAUUUUAUACACAGUCACUGCGGCUUGAAUUGAAUUAAGCCCCGGCUGCUGUGCAGAGGCUGUCGAUCUUCUGGUUUUUAUUUUGUUAGAAGGGUAAAGAAGAGGCACCGGCAACAUGGGGCGACGUUCAACUUCUUCCACCAAGAGUGGGAAGUUCAUGAACCCCACCGACCAGGCCAGAAAGGAGGCCAGGAAAAGGGAAUUGAAAAAGAACAAGAAGCAAAGAAUGAUGGUCAGGGCGGCUGUUCUGAAAAUGAAAGACCCCAGACAGAUCAUCAAAGAUAUGGAAAAACUGGAUGAGAUGGAAUUCAACCCAGUCCAGCAGCCUCUGCUGAACGAGAAGGUGUUGAGGGACAAGAGGAAGAAGCUGCGUGAGACAUUUGAACGCAUUGUCCAUUUGUACGAGAGGGAAAAUCCAGACACUUAUAAGGAGCUACGCAAGCUGGAGUUGGACUACGAGACCAAACGUGGUCAGCUGGCUCUUUAUUUUGACUCUGUUAAGAAUGCAGAGUCAGUGGAGGUGGACAGUAUUCCUUUACCAGACAUGCCUCACGCCCCCUCCAACAUCCACAUCCAGGACAUCCCACUACCGGGGGCCCAACCUCCAUCUAUACUGAAGAAGACCUCUGCUUUUGGUAAAGGACCUGUCACAUCAUCUGGACCAGUGAUGGCCACAGUACCUGGUGUCCCACGAUUACCACCAGGGAAAAAACCUCCCGGACCCCCGCCUGGACCCCCACCUCCUCAAGUCCUUGCGUUGUAUGGAAUUCCUACCCGACGACCUUUUGGCACAGACUUAGAGCCGUCUAUUCCUGGUUUUGAAAGAGAUUCUUUGGAUCUGGGAAGAGACAGUGGCAGCGACAGCGACAGAGAUCGCGACGAUGAGGACGAUGACAGCGACUCUGAGGAGGACAGUGAAGACGAGAGGAAUGACGACCCUGACGCUGAUCAGAGAAUGAGUGUGGACGAUAAAAGAGACAGGGACGAGGACAGAGACAGAGGUGUUGUUGGUCGCAGUGUACGUUUUGCAGACAUACCACCGGAGGCAUCUCACGAAGGGAAGAAGAAGAAAAAGCGACUAGUGAAGAAAACAAAGGCCAUCACGCCUCUACAGGCCAUGAUGUUAAGGAUGGCAGGUCAGUCUGUACCUGAAGAGGAGGAAGAGGAGGAGGUGGAGGAGGAGUACACUGACGAUUCUGACGGUUCAGACAUGGAGGACAGGCCCCCGCCAGCAGAAAACCAGCCCCAGCUCAUGGCAAAUCAGCGACUACCCCCUCCUGCCGGGCCGGUCGGACAGCAGGGACCUCCACACUUGCAAGGUCCACCAAUGACUGGACCUCCACCGCUAGGCCCACCCCCAGCUCCUCCGCUAAGGCCUCCAGGUCCACCUUCUGGACCGCCCCCUGGCCCACCACCAGGUGCUCCACCUUUCUUGAGACCUCUUGGUAUGCCUGGAGGCAUCAGGGGUCCAGUGCCUCGCCUUAUGCCACCAGGACCACCUCCAGGGAGACCUCCAGGUCCUCCACCGGGUCCACCUCCAGGCAUGCCUCCUGGCCCACCUCCACGGCCACCCAGACUACCUCCUCCAGCACCACCAGGUAUGCCACCUCCUCCACCAAGAGCAGGAGGGCCUCCUCGUCCACUGGCACCACCGCUCUCCCUCUUCCCUCCGCCUCUCAACACCAACGUCCUCAGUGCUCCUCCCAGCCUUGUCCAGCGUCAGAAAGGCUCAGGGACGGGCCAGGAUGGUCCACAGAGCAACCUCCCUCCCCCUUCCAUGGCCAUGCGACCCGGCGUUAUGCAGAUGCCGCCUCCCCCAGGAACGGCUAAUCCCGGCAGCAACCCCCAUCACGCUGCCACCAUCGAGAAACGGGCCAACAUCACCUCGGUGGCAGGUGUGGGAGGCGGUAUGGCCGCGGGCGCCGGUGCCGGUGGUGCCACCAUCUCUGCCAAACCUCAGAUCAUCAAUCCAAAGGCAGAGGUCACCCGCUUUGUGCCCACGGCACUGAGGGUGCGUAGAGACAAGAGCGGCCCAAUGGCUGGGGCGGCGCCUGGUCCGCUGGACAAAGCAGGAAGUGCCGGAGGGAGGAGGGGAGACGAAGGUCUGGGAGUUAUCCACGUUCAGAAACAACACAUGUCGGCGACGUCCAUAUCCCACCCAGCCCAGCUCGUGUCGCAGCCAAACAUGAAGACUAAGGACCAGGUGUAUGAAGCCUUUAUGAGAGAAAUGGAGGGUCUGCUCUGAGACUCUGAGACUCACACACAGUGAAGCUUCUUUAAAUAACAUUUGUUUUUCUGUAUGUUGUAUUAAAGCAGGCCGUCCUGAAGCCAUUUAGAACAGCUUUUAAACUGACAAACCGUAUGAGGAUGUUUUUCUUGCAUCGCUGGUCACAUUGUGCAAUUUGUUCGAUGAUGAUUUAAGGUUUGUCGCCGUUCCAUCAGGUCCCCAGUGUAAGAUAAAAACUCCAUCACCAUCAAGUUCUGUACCAUGUGUUUUUCUUCCCCAAUGCAGUUUUGUGAACUUUGGCAUGAGUAAAAGAUGUGUUUUUGUAUGAAUUUUUUUUUUCUGUCGUAGUUGCUUGUUUAUCAGCAAUCCUCUGAUGUACAAAACAUUAAACAUAGAUGUGGAACAUUUCUGAGCCACUGACAGAAUACUUUGACACAGUUUGACCUGUAGCUCAAUAAAAUCACCAGAAACCUUU